AUGUUCGAUCCGAAAGCUACAUCAGAGCGGCCGAAUCACCUCGACAACGUCAGCAACUAUCCUCUCGUCGGUGUCAUGGCAACCCAGACCUCGAGCAUUUUAAAAAGGUUCAAAAGGUCGUACAAUGCUCCCAAGGAGAAAAUAUCGGUCUUGAACGCAAUAGCAAGGAAGCGAAAGCUGGGAUUCCUGGAGUAA